ACACACAACCACGCGACAUGAGCCGAGCAGUUAAUAGAGGCGACCUGGCUCAUCAAGCCGGGUAAAAAAAGCGACAAACACCGCCCCUACGAGGCGGUCUACAUCACGGUUGUACCUUCCCUAAACUGACCCUCGCCAAGGUCCUCCUCCUCCUCCGCCUCCGCGGGGGCGGGAGACGCCUGAAUUGCCACUACACGCACACGCGGACAUUGACUAGCAAAACCAUUUGAAAAAGUUCGCGUUUACUCGGCGACGAGACAAAAUGCGGCGCGGUUGUGUCGCAGCUGCACGUCAAGGUCAGAGCAGAAUCCGAGCGACGCCGCCGCCUCGCGAGCGACUUUGCCGGGAAGGGGACGGAAAGACGCGGAGGGGGAUGCCGCUGCCUGUCGCUUGUCUCCAGCAUCAACAAUGACACCUUUCCCCGGAGAGGACAUCCGCGCUUGUUGCAAGUCACGCGGACAAACUUGUUAGAACAUUCCGGAAAAUUUCGUGGUCUUACAUAUUGUACGAUGAGGCUCUUUCAUUUUUUGUGACGUUUCCUGCUUCCCUUCCACGGCCCUCGGCUCCUCACCUGGCUAGCCAAGACACUCCACAUCGGUUAGCUAACCGAAAAAUAUCCCUAUUCCGAGUCUUUGUCAUGGUUCCACACUUGUAGACUCGGUUUGUUCAUGUGGCGAAGUUCGAACCAACAAACGUUCCAACUUCUUGAACUUUAAACAAGCCUCGUCACCUCCAUCUCUUCCCUAAAAUGUCCCCGAGUACAGGCUCGCGUCACCCGGGCGGGUCCGGUAGCAGCUUAUCGGAGCGCGGACUCAUCAUGCUGGUGCUCCUGGUCCUCCUGGUGGUCUCCGUCCUGCCUCUCGGAGCCUCCAGCUCCCCCGACGUGGGUCACGGAGAUGAGUCGAACGACCAUAACGUGGAGAAGGAGCACCACCGCAACUUUACCAAAAAGCCUUUCCCGGUGCUCAGUUUCGAGUACAAACACAUCCAGACCCCCUUCGAGAUCUCAUUAUGGGUCCUACUGGCGUCUUUGAUGAAAUUAGGAUUUCACCUCAUUCCUCGCUUGCCUGGAAUCGUGCCUGAAAGUUGCCUGCUCAUUCUGGUGGGCUUGCUGGUGGGCGGACUUAUCAAACUAGCUGGCCAGAAGGUGCCCCCGGUGCUGGACUCCAACUUGUUUUUCUUCUGUCUGCUUCCGCCCAUCAUCCUCGAUGCCGGCUACUUCUUACCCAUCCGCCCCUUCAUGGAAAACCUGGGCACCAUACUGAUGUUCGCCGUGGUAGGCACGCUGUGGAACGCCUUCUUCAUUGGUGGGCUACUGUACGCCGUCUGUCAGAUCCAGCCCAACAACCCUUCGGACCUGCACUCGUUAGAUAUUCUGGCCUGCCUGCUGUUUGGCUCCAUUAUUUCCGCCGUGGACCCCGUAGCUGUGCUGGCCGUGUUUGAGGAGAUUCAUAUAAAUGAGCUGCUGCACAUCCUGGUGUUUGGCGAGUCGUUGCUCAACGACGCCGUCACUGUGGUGCUGUACCACCUCUUCGAAGAGUUCUCAACUGUGGGCAAGGUGACGGUGCUCGACGGCGUGCUGGGCGUCAUUUCCUUCUUAGUGGUGGCAUUGGGCGGUGUCCUGGUGGGCGCGAUUUACGGCAUCCUGGCGGCGUUCACGUCACGCUUCACGUCGCACACACGCGUCAUCGAGCCACUUUUUGUGUUCGUGUACAGCUACAUGGCCUACCUGUCGGCCGAGAUGUUCCACCUGUCGGGCAUUAUGGCAUUGAUAGCAUGCGGGGCGGUGAUGCGGCCAUACGUGGAAGCCAACAUCUCCCACAAGUCGCACACUACCAUCAAGUACUUCCUGAAGAUGUGGAGCAGUGUGAGCGAGACGUUGAUUUUCAUCUUCCUGGGCGUGGCCACUGUAGAUGGCAAGCACCAUUGGAAUUGGACGUUUGUCACUGUUACCGUCAUUCUGUGCUUGGUGGCACGGGUCAUAGGUGUGGUGGGGCUGACGUACAUCAUCAACAAGUUCCGUAUCGUCAAGCUGACCUCCAAGGACCAGUUCAUUGUGGCCUACGGUGGACUGCGUGGGGCCAUCGCCUUCUCCCUUGGCUUCUUGCUGAAAAAGGAACACUUUCCUCUAAGGAAUAUGUUCCUCACCACCAUCAUCAUCGUCAUCUUCUUCACAGUCUUUGUGCAGGGCAUGACCAUCAAGCCGCUGGUGGACCUGCUGGCCGUGAAGAAGAAACAAGAGGCCAAGCGAUCCAUUAAUGAGGAGAUCCACACUCAGUUCCUUGACCACCUCUUGACUGGCAUUGAGGACAUCUGCGGACAUUAUGGUCAUCAUCAUUGGAAGGACAAACUGAAUCGCUUCAACAAGAAGUAUGUGAAGAAGUGCCUGAUCGCCGGCGAGCGUUCUAAGGAGCCGCAGCUCAUCGCCUUCUACCAUAAGCUGGAGAUGAAGCAUGCCAUUGAGCUGGUGGAGAGUGGAGGCGGUUCCAAAUUGCCUUCUGCCAUGCCUUCUACUGUCUCCAUGCAAAACAUCCAGCCAAAGAAGCCGCAACCCCCCAAGCCCCAGGAGCGUGCUUUGCCUCAGCUCUCCAAAACCCGGGAGGAUGAGAUCCGGAAGAUUCUUCGGGGCAAUCUUCAGAAGACACGGCAGAGGUUGCGCUCCUAUAACCGGCACACCCUAUUGGCCGAUCCGGAUGAGGAGAACAUUGGUGAAUUCCUCCUCAAGAAGCAGAAAAUGAUGGCGUUGGAUAAAAAGAUCAAAGACAUGAAUAACUACUUGACGGUGCCCGCCGCUCCCCCCGACUCGCCGACCAUGUGCAGAGCCAGACUGGCCUCAGACCCUCAAGCCUACAGCAUGAAGCCAGCGUUGGACAGCGUUCCCACCAUCCAGGUGGACCUGGCUUCCCCCCAGUCACCUGACUCGGUCAACGUCUUGGAUGAGUUCCAUCAGCAGGCGGCGGCAGAAGGCGAGGACGACGGCGGUCUCACCAUGAUACCGCCCGCCGCGCCCAAAGAGCGGCAUAAGGAGGAAGAGCUUGACGCCAGCGCUCGAGAAAAGCUGCUGAGGUGCCUGAGUGACCCCGGGCCUCACGCCGAGGACGAAGACGAGGAUGAACCCUUCCUGCCUUAAAAAGUUGUCACGUGGAGGAAGGUGCGUGGAAGAGGAAAAAAAAAUACAAAGAGCCAUUAAUCCUUUCGUUGUCAUCGCUCUUUACUUUUAAGAGACUCAGUCACGGUUACGAGACAUUCAGGAAUGAACUAUGCAUUACCAAAGGGACUGUUUGACGUUUUCAAUGAUAAUUUCAUUUUGUUUAUCAUUUCUGAGAGGCGAGAUUCUCCAGUGCGACAGCGAAAAAUCAAAGCCAAUCACAACCACGCCGUCACUUGAAAUCACGCAGAGUGGGGAAGCGCUAGUCGCAUAUUUUUGCCUUAUUUUAUGUCACUUUUUGCAUUUUUGUUGUUGUUGACAGCGCUGCCUUUUAAUUUCAGGGAUUGUAUAUCAGCUGGUAUAAAGUAGUAAUAUGGCCACUUUAAAACUAAAAUAAUUGCAGUAUGAACUUGGGCUGCCACAAUUAAUCGACUAAUUGCUAACUAUCAAUAGUUUAGAGCAGUGUUGUUUUCGUCAACGAUGACGACAACAAAAAUAUAUGACGAGAUGUUAACGAGCUAAAAACGUGUUUUGGGAGACUAAAACAUAACUAGAACGAGACAAAAAUUCGCAAUAGUUUCCGUCACUUGUUAUGUGUGGUUAGCCUGCAUCGUCGCAGUGUCUGGUUGUGUCACUCUUGACAUGCUGCCCCGCCCCCUUCUCCCGACUCAAGCGUGUGUCGUCUCCAGGCUCCAUGCAGGCUUGCGCACAUGGUAAGAUUUGUUUUCCUGGUCAGCGAAAAUAUGCAAUGUUGCCUUUAAAGGGAUCCUCGACCUUAAAUACAUGUAGGCUCUAAUAAACCACAAUUGUUCUCUUGUACUAAAAUAUGUUGUUAGAAACACAUACAAUGUUAAAUCAAUGAGAAUAUUUUAUAAUAUUUAGUAUAUAUUUUGACCAAUAGUUGGCGCCAUGUUUUGAGGGCUCGCAGUGAUGAAGUAAAUGGGAUGUUACGAGUGUGUAGCGCGUUCAACAAUUGCGUAUUGCUGCCUAAACUCGCGAAGUAAAAUGCCACGAUGUGAUGCUUUUGGAUGCAAUUUCCAGUCAAAUGGAAACAAGGGGAGUGACGUGAGUCUCCACAGAUUUCCUGUUGAUAAGAAGAGGAGAAAGGUUUGGCAAAAUGCCGGCAGACUGGCAAAACUUUCCAACGACCUAGGGAUGCACGAUAUCCAUUUUUUGAAACCGAUAUCGAUAACUUCCUGCUCCUCAAAGCCGAUACCGAUAACCGAUAAAUUUUAGAGUUUUUGAACACCUGGAGGUUUAAAAUUUAAAAAACAAAUUUCUAAACUGUGGUGGAUUCAACAUAGAUUUGCCUGUGAUCUCAAUAGAUUUUUCAUAAUGACAUGAACAAAACAGUGCGUUUCACUUCUGCACUGCCCGACAGCCAGCUAGGAAUGAAUGCACUUCCAUAAACCACAAGGCUUGGUCUUUUCUUGCUUUUAUGGGAAGGCACUCGUCUUAAUAUCGUGAAAGUACAACAGAAAAAUACAUAUUCAAUACUCAAUUUACAACAAACUGCGCAAUUAUAUGUAUAGCAUAGCACACUAGCUUGAGCUACUAAAGUAUUGGCUGGCGUCUAUAACACAACAACUUAUGAAGUUCUGUACAUAUGACCCUUCACCACAGAAGUAAACAUUUAUUGCCCAUCCAUAUGUCGUAGUGAACAUAAAAUACUUACAGUAACAGAAAGCACUAACGAUUGUCAAUGCUACCGCUAGACACUGCAAUGUGUAAGUGAAUGAACCAAACUACUGUAACAAAAAAUAGAUGCAGUGAAUUAUUCUGACCAGCAGGUGGCAGCCAUGCCCCGCAAAUGGUCAACAGCCAGCACAGUACAUAUUAUCGGUCCUCUUAAUAAUGUUAUUGGAUUUAUCGGGAUGACGUCAUAAUUCCUAUUAUCGGACCGAUAAUUAUCGGACCAAUAAUUAUCGUGCACCAGUACAAGGACCCAAGGCUUUGUUCUCGGCAUUUUUGUCCUACCGUGUUCAAGGCUUUUAGUCGACGACAACUUAAGAGCUCACCGGAGCAGCUGGAUAUAAGCGCAGACUAAAACCAAAUUCUGUUCCAACCAUUUUCCCUCACAAGAAGCCUCAACGUGCUCUGAUAUCGAGUGAAAUGCGUGCAAUAGAGCGCCAAAGACAAACUGUUGGCAGCUCUUUAGCAGCCAAGCCGCUCCUGUCACUACAGCGGUAGGCGAACCUUCGGGCGUACCGCUAGUCACAGAGGAAGCUAAUAAUUCACUUCUACCGUCAGUUCAUCAGGCAGUAAGCAUGUCUGUUCAGUAUUCACCUAAUAUGAGUGAUGCUGCUACUCAAACUGAUCCAAACACGUCCGAUGCAAUGGUACAAUGGCCAGCUGAUGCGCGUCGAGCAUGGACCACACUUACGUAGCUAAACGUGAGUUGGAUGUACAAGACACGGAGGACACUCGAUCCAGAUGACGAAUUUAAUGAGGACAGUCAGCCACGACACGACUCCGAUCCUGACUAUCACACGGCUGCAUUCAUAGUUUUAUUACCUUCAGUGAGAGUUUAUAAUGUCAACAGUCAUGAAAAUAAAAAUGCACGAAUGACAAGGUGUGUUCAAACUUUUGGCCUUUACUGUAUGUAAAGCACACGGCAGCUCUGGAUGCUAACAAUGUACAUAAUUAUACUGGGAUAAGUUUGAAAACGCAAUAGCUUACCUUGAAGAUCUGCUAACAAAAACCGGAGCUCUCACCAGCAUACACUCUCCCGCUCCGUUGUCAAUGAGACGUACUAGCCGCGAGUACAUCACCAGUUUUGCCCAAGUCUUGUCUUAUCAGGUAUUUGCUGCUCCGCAUUUUGCCCUGCUGGUCGUGUUGUGAACGACCGACAGUGCUGUCCUGUUCUUCACUUUUCCGAUAUGGUUCAAAUUGAAAGAGCAGAACCGACGACACGUUGGGGUUUUAACGAGUGACACGCUGGAAGUUCGGCAACGGGCCCGGUGACGUCACACACAAGAAUGGCGACCUAUCACCUAAAAUAAUUUUACAAGCGCUAUUAAAACGAAAACAUUAAGAGGGGUUUUAAUAUCAAAUUAUUAUAACUCAUACUCACAUUCAUCUUUUAAGAAUUACUUGUCUUAAAGAUCGAGGAUCCCUUUAAAGGUCUGUGCUGAGUGAUCAUCACACACUAAAUUUAACUCGUAGCACUAGCGUAGCAUUUGCGUUCACAUUACUAGUAGGCUUAGGAUAAUGCUAAUGGCGAGCGUCCUCUUAAAAUCUCGGACAGCUUUUUCUAUUUAAAGUUCAUGGCAUGCAGGUGGGUAUAAUUAAUUGAAAGUAACGUAACUCCAGCUACCAGUUAGUAGGCAAAUACGGUAUAUAAUACAAUAUUUUCAAGUAAGUAUGCCCUUUUUUUUUGUUUUUGCAUCUUAAAUCCGAAUCUUCACCAUUUGGUUUUAUUAUUCCUGCACCACUUCUUUCAAAAAUAUUUUUUUUGUUUUGUUUUUUUUCCAUUGUGGCCAUAAUACUCCUUUAUCGGGUUCCCCUUUUCGGUGGGAUGUCAUUUAAAGCUGAUUUCUCCCCCCCCCCCACCACCAUUUUAUCGAUAUGUAGAGUUAGAAAACUCACUUUUCCUAAUUAAGGAAAGAGCAAGACGACGAAUGUUCUGAUGUCAUCCAUCGCACGCUUUAUUUUUAUAAUCCUUCCGAUGUUAAAUGUGUAUUUAAUGUGGAAAGUAGCACCCUUCAAAAGUCACUCCAGCAAACAUAAACAAUCAAAGCUCGCUGUCUUAAAAGCGUACACGCACAUUUUCUUUGCUCGCACUUUCUUCAUCACUGUGCAACGGGAAUCCAUGCUUCGAAAGACGUCUGCAUGGCAUGGCUAAACAAUUAAGAGUUCUAUGCAGCAAAAAAGGGGAGACAAAGUGUAUAAAAAUAUUUAUAUUCUAUUUAUGAACCCUUUAGAUGACAUUAAGAUGUCGAGGUGGAAUAUUAUGAGACGGGAGUCAUGAAUACUUGUUUUAUUGACAUAGGAAAUUACAUUGCACAUGUUUGUUAUGCAGAGUAUGUUAGGGCUACACUGAAAAAGAAGAAAUAUCACUACAAUAACAAGAUAUAUUUAAUAAGUUUAUGGGAGUGUCCGAAAACUUAUAACAUUAUUUCAAGAUCAACAAUACAAGGUGACCCCCAAAAAUCGGGAAGAGAGUGAGUGAAGAAGUACAUGAAACCUUAAAACAUGAAAUUUAAAGCAACACUUGGUAACUUUUCAACCUUUUUAAAAUAUUUUCAUUACAUUUGGGAUGAUAUGUUGACUGACAACUAGUUGAAUGACACCGCUUUUAUAUCUUGAGGGGGUCUGUAUCGCAAUUAACUUUGAGGAGGGUGGCAGGAACCCGCCACACAAAAAGCGGCAUACGCCACUUCCCCCUUUCCCCAUAAAGACAGAAGUCGAUACGAACACUUUCACACGUAUCCUGCAAAGAUGGCAGAGCAACAAGAGACAAAAAGUUUUGCCGGAGGAUGAAAAAAAAAAAGGAAGGCUACCAGGAUACUCAAGAAUACCGAACUCGUCAACGCUGAUGACUUCGGGUGAGGUGGGGGGGGGUUAGCCACACUAAGCCACACGGUUGCUAACUGUCAUAUGCUAGUGUUUAGCCUCAACUGGAUUCCUUACCUUAUUACUAUUCAUCCUUCACACAGUCGCUGGAAACAGAAAUGUUGUUCAAUCCAUCUGCAGGUAACAGGGAGAUCAUGAUUUUACAACAUUAUGCGGGUGUGUCCUCAUGGGAAACACAGUCUUCCUUAAGGCAAAAAUACUACCGCUUUUGUCCACCGGCUUUGCUAAAAUCCACAAAAACUGGAAAGCUACGUAGUGUUGCCUUAAGAGACAAUUAUGGAAUUUUCACUCAAAAUGAAAAAUGGCGUCCUCCUGCAUUCUUGAAAUCUGCUACAGGAAUUUUUGGGUAUUGGCAGUAGGGGUGUGACAAUAUAAAUAGCUGACAUAUCGCCAUACUUUCUAACCCAAAAUGUUAUCGAUCUGCUGUCACCAAGAAUUAACGAAUUUUCAUAAGCUGCCACCCUCCCACUUCAAACGAAUUGGACGUCUACGAGUAAAAUUCACAGCAGAAGGGCUUGUUUUUCUGUUGAUUACCGUAAUUUUCGCAUUUGUUCACAGAAAAGCCGCACUGGACAAUAAGCCGCAGCCGUCCUAAUUGUGUUAUGGGAUAUUUACACCAAAAGAUAUUAACCAGUAACAGUAAUUUACAUCGGCAUUAUAAGACUGUCAUGAGACCAAAUGAACCACCAUUAUUGCUUCAAGAAGCUUCAUUUGGCCAUCACUGCUCCCAUGGGGGAGACUGUCAACCUCUGCUGCCACCUGCUGUCAACACUGUUGUCGUCCAACAUGCCUCCUAGCAUGCAUUGCAGCAUUACGGAUGUGGAUAACAAUCAAAAUGUUCUGUGCUAAUUAUUUAUUCAGUUACUGUUCCAGUUUCAUAAUUGCUAGUUCUGGUAUUUGGUAACACUUUCUUUGACAGUGGCACCACAAGACUGUCAUAAGACCAUCAUAAUUAUUACAUGACACUGCCAUGAGCAUGAAUGAAUGCUUAUGACAGAUGUCAUUUUGUGUCAUCCGGCACAUUAUCUCACUUUUGAAUGGAGGUAAAACAGUGGUCCCCAACCUUUUUUACACCACGGACCGGUCUAAUGUGGGCUUUUUUUUUGCGGACCGGCAGUGUGUGGCAGAAAAUGACAGUAAAUAUAAAAUAACACGACAGGGCUAAAAAUGAAUAUUAAGUGCAGGGAAAAUGUCACUCAGCAUGCGCUGAAUCAACCUUUUUUUUAACAGCGGCAUCUCCUGAAACUUUACGGCAAAUAUCUGCGGUUGCAAGCAAAAUGAGGUUUCUUGGCUUUUGCAAAACGGUUCGCCAUAAGGUAUGAUGCUUUCAGUGGAUUCGCUUUUAUUGCCUCAUUUUUUUUUAGCUUUUAGCCAUGUACUAUGCAGAAUGGACUUAGUUGUAGGCUCCUCUUCUGGCUCCGCAGCUGGCCUUUUCCCCAUAAAAAGCUGUCCAAAGACGUCUCCGCCCGCAGCAGAUAGCUAACAGCAGCUGAAGUUACUGUUUACAUUGACAGGCUGUGGGCUACAUUAGUGUGCAAACACACCAGUAAUUACAGCCAACCGCUAGAUGGCGACCUACACAAAGCUUUACUCGGAUUAGUCUGUAGAGUAGCCAGGGAUAUUGCUGUGUCAAGGCCACAGUCACAGGCCAGAUUGCGGUCAUUAACAAAUAGUUUAUUAUUUCUCUGCGGCCCGGGAGCAAAUGCGCCAUGGACCGGCACCCAUGACUGUGUCAUGUCAUAAUUAUGACGAUCUUAUGGCAGUCUUAUGACGGCGCUGUCAAAUAAAGUGUUACCUAUUAACCCAAAUAAAUCAACAUAUAAGCAGCUCUGGACUAAAAGUCGCAGGAUUCAAAAUGAGUGUUAAAAUUAGCGGCUUAUAGUCCGAAAAGUACGGUAUUUGUAUCGUAGAAUGAUUUCUUGACCAACGUAUCGAUAAUUGUCGUAUCGGCAUAUGGUGAGAUCAUGGUUAUCGAGAUCCUUUUAUUACAAAUCAUCGUACCAUGAUCAGGACCUGAAAUAUUUUAACACUUAAACUCGACAUUACAGUCCUACACACCGUCUUACCUUUGAUUUUGACACUCCACUCACCCAACCACGGCCUGUUUACACCCCCAAACUGGGUCCUAUGGAGUCCCUGGCGCGGGUGCGCAAGUACCCGCAGCAUCCCCCUAAGCUACGCCCUGGUACAGGAGGACAACAUGUAAAGAACGUCAUUUUUUUAAAAAACGGAAAUUCCACCAUUGUUUUUUCAAUUACGAUAAAUUAUUCUUUAAUCACUCUUAGUUUCAAUUGGAUUGUUAAAAAGUUCCUGAUUUUUUUUUUUUUUUCGUUUCAUGCUAUAUGAUGACCUUAUUUUUUGCUACCCCCUCCCCCAAAAAUGACCUUUUUUAUGUGCUGUGAGUUUGUUAAGUAAUCCUAUAAUUUAAAAUUAUAUCAUUUUAACACCCACAUUUUAAAAAUGUGACAUUUCUCUCAUAAUAUAUGGAAUAUUAUUAAUGGAAAUAUUACAACUCCUAUUGCGUCGUCUUUUAAUGUUGAGAGUUUCUUUCUGGAACGUUGAGAGAUAUUUUGUUCUUAUAAAUAACAUUGGGAUGGUUUAGCAUGUUCAUAUUAAGAAUUUAGGUGCCGUUUUUUUUCCAUAAUGUCACAAAUAAUUUAUCCUCACGAUAUUGCAACUUUUACUAUUAAAAAAAAAAAAAAAAAAAGACUUUUUGUCGGGACCUUAUAUCUCAAAAUAUUACAACUUUCAUAAUAUACAUAUUGUUCUUUCAAGAUUAAUAAAGCAUUUUUUAAGUACGAUAAUUUGUCUGGGGAAAAAAAAAACGGGUACAUUAUUCUCGGAACAUUAUGACUUUUUGUAGCACUCAUUACUCUUCCGUCAAUAUGUUUUUUGAAUAUAUGUAUAUAUACACAUAUAUUUUUUGUUUUUUUUAUAGACUACGUAACUCAUUUUUCCUAACAAAAAAGUCAAAAGCCAUUUUUUCCCUCAUAAUGAAACUUUUUUUUUUUUUCCCCUUUCAGAACUUUAGAACUUCUAAGAAUAUUCAGAAUUUAUUCUCACAAUUUAAGGACUUUUUUCCAGGUUUUCAGUGUGACCCUAAUUCUCAUUUUCAUUGCAAAAAAAAACAACAACAAAAAAAACAACAACAUUUUCACAACAUAUCAGAUGAUAAUCAUCAACCGAAACUGUCGUUGAGUCAAAACAAGUGCCGGUCAGAAAGUUUAGCAACCUCUAGUGUAGACAUGUGUAAAUGCAGUUCUUGUAUGUUAAUAUUCACUCAAUAUUUUUCCAAAGAGUGUUUAAUUCACGAGGACAGAAGGGAUAUUUUGAGAGCGAAAUACGCGUUUCCACGGACAUUGUUUGCGUUCAAAAGCCGCUUUCUGUUUUGAAAUUGAUGAAAUCUGACUUUGCAGAAUUUUAUCAUAGCUUUUGCUCUGUGUUUUAAAACCCUAUGUGCUGUUUUUUCUUUUAUUGCCUUUUGAAUUCACUGAGUGUCUUUCAUAGCUUUACAUGAAUUGUGUACGGAGCUUCCCGCGUGCCUGGGUAGACAAAAAAACAAACAUUUUUAAUAUAUAAUCUGUACCCACAGUUUGCUAAACUGUACCCACAGUUUACUAAUCUGUACUCACAGUUACUAACCUGAACACACAGUUUACUAAACUUUACCCACACUUCAGCAAUGACCCGGAAACAGUAAUCCCUAAUUUGGUUUGCUGGAAACUCCUAAAGACGAUGGACCAAACAACCAAGCAGCUAAAUUUGUACCCACAGGUUGCCAAAUUUGUACCCACAGUUUGCCAAAUUUGUACCCACAGUUUGCCAAAUCUGUAACCACAGUUUGCUAAAUCUGUAACCACAGUUUGCUAAAUCUGUAACCACAGUUUCGUAAACUGUACCCAUAGGUUGCUAAUUUGUACCCACAGAUUACUAAACGGUACCUACGGUAUGGCAUGUUUUGUACGCACAGUUUAGUAAUCUGUACCCAGAGAUUAAUAAACUCCGUACAAAACAUGCCAUAUGGAUUAAUAUCAUCUGAAAGCGACAGUGUUCAUGGCUACCGAAGAAAACAUGUAUUAGUUACCUUUUAAAUUAAAACAAUUCAGUUUGUCAAGGACAACCUGUGUACAGCUGCUUGCUUGUUUGGUCCGUUGACAUUUGGAGUCUGCGGCAACCAAAUCUGGACUAUUGUUUCUAGGACAUUGCUAAACUGUGGGUACGGAAUACUAAAUUGUGGGUACAGUCAACCUGUGGGAACAGUUUAGUAAACUGUGGGUCCAGUUUAGCUGCUUGCUUGUUUGGUCCAUCGGCUUUUGGAGUCUCCAGCAAACCAAAUUGAGGACUACCGUUUCCGCGUCAUUGCUAAACUGUGGGCAAAGAUUAGUAAACUAAGGGUACAGUUAAAGAAACUGUGGGUACAGAUUAGAAAACUGUGGGUACAGAAUACUAAAUUGUGGGUACAGUUCAGUAAACUGUGGGUACAGUUUAGUCAACUGUGGCCAUAGAUUACGAAACUGGGUAGUUUCCUAAACUGUGGCCAUAGAUUACGAAACUGGGUACAGUUAACUAAACUGAGGGUAGAGAUUACUAAACUGUGGGUAUAGAUUAUUAAACUUUGGAUACAGUUUGGUAAACUGUGGAUACAUUUUGGUAAACUGUGGAUACAGUUUAGUCAACUGUGGGUAGAGUUUAGUCAACUGUGGGUACAGUUUAGUCAACUGUGGUACAGUUUAGUAAACUGUGGGUACAGUUUAGUAAACUGUGGGUACAGAUUACAAAAUUGUGGCCAUAGAUUACGAAACUGGGUACAGUUUACUAAACUGAGGGUAGAGAUUACCCAAUUGUGGGUAUAGAUUAUUAAACUUUGGAUACAGUUUGGUAAACUGUGGAUACAGUUUGGUAAACUGGGUAGAGAUUACUAAUGUGUGUAUAGAUUAAUAAACUGUCGAUACAUUUUGUUAAACUGUGGGUACAGAUUGCUAAACUGCAGCUAGAGUUUGGCGAAUUUUGGGGACAGAUUAGUAAACCGUGGGUACAGUUUGGUAAACUGUGGGUACAUAUUACGAAAAUGUGGGUACAGAUUACAAAACUGUGGCCGUAGAUUACGUAACUGUGGGUACAGUUUACUAAACUGUGAGGUACAGAUUACUAAUCUGAUAGUUCCAAAUGAGUAAACUGUGGUCACAGAUUACUAAACUUUGGGCACAGAUUAGUAAAUUUUGGGGACAGUUUCGGAAACUGUGGGUACAGUUUCGGAAACUGUGGGUACAGAUUACAAAACUGUGGGGACAGAUUACGAAACAGUGGGUAUAGAUGAGUAAACCCUGGAUAGUUUAGUAAACUGUGGGUAGAGUUUAGCGAACCGUGGGUAGAGUCUAGUGAACCGUGAGUACAGAUUAGUGAACCGUGGGUACAAUUUAGUGAACCGUGGGGUACAGAUUACUGAACUGUGGGUAGCGUUUAGCUAACUGGGGGUACAGAUUUAGAUGAUUUCUUGUUUGGUUCGUCAGUUUUUGGAGUCUCCAGCAAACUAAAUUGAAGACUACGGAUUUCGGGUCAUUGCUAAACAGUGGGUAAGGUUUAGUAAACUGUGGGUACAGUUUAGCAAACUGGGUACAAUUUAGCUGCUUGCUUGUUUGGUCCAUCGGCUUUUGGAGUCUGCAGCAAACCAAAUUGAGGAAGUCAGUUUCUGGGUCAUUGCUAAACUGUGGGCACAGAUUACUAAACUGUGGGUACAUAUUACCUAUGAAAAAUUUUUUUUUUCGACUCUGGCACCAGGGGAGCUCCGUACUUACCAGUCGCUAAUGUACCUUUUAAUUUGCAUAUGUAUGUUGUGCGCUGUAUUGAUACAUAUAAUGUGCUUUACAUAUCAUGUUUACAUUGCUCUACAAGCUUAAACUGAAAUGUUUAAACACCUUCAGAUCCGUUCAGAAUACAAUCUUGAUACAUUGACAACUGGAUUACAUGUUAUUUAAAUUCAUUGGUUUCACAAUAAUGCGCUUAAAGUGCGCUGUAAUUCAAUUUCUCCCUCGGUUAGGUUUCUUUGGUCAAGUGUGAAAAAACUAAAAAAUAAAAACUAAAGAUUUUGGAUGUUAUUUCUCAGGUUAAUAACUGUUUUGUGUUAUGAUAUUUUUUUUUUUGUUCUAAUAAUCUUAUUGCUUAGUUCUUGUCACAUUUUUAAUUUGAUCUCUUAACACAUUCGUGUGAGGGUUUGACCCUUUUCUCAACCAAGUUUUUUUUUUACUCCUGACUGGAGGUGCGACAAUAUGGUGAUGUAUCGCGAUACGAACGAUAUAUUGAUUCUUGGCAGGAGCAUAUCGCUAACCUUUGUCACCAUGUCACUAUGUCACCAUUUUGGUGUGUUGUUACACCCCUUGUGUCAUAGCAGGUUACUUCAAUGCAGUAUGAGUUCACCCACCCAAAGAUUGCUAUUUUUCUUCGAGUUACCUCACAGCGCUCUCCUCUCUCGAUGUUAAUGACGCCACCAUGAGCACUUUAACGGCGCAGAAGAAACCUUUAUCUCCAAGCGACGUCAGUCAGAGCAAUAAGUCGCAUACACAUCAUCGCUUCAUGACAGGUCUUUAAAAAUAAACCAAGAUGGUUUUAGCGGGAGCCAUUUCCCACUCGCUAGGAAAGUCUUUUACGAUAUACUUUAUUUACUACUAAUCCUGGUCUUUCGUAGGUUGCUUCGUUAGCAUUUCCUGUGCGGAAAAUUAUUAUUUUUGAUAUACGUUAAAUGGAAAAAUGUAUAUAUACAAAGAAAUGUAUGUAUUCAAAAUGUAUAAUUGUAAUGUACAAAAAAACUAUGAAGCGUGCACUUCCCGGAUGAUUUGUCAUAAAGCUUUGAGCAUUCCAUUCCUGUAAUAACGAUCUCUAUCAAACUAACAGAAUAUAUCUCUACCAAAAUAAAGGUUUACUUUUUAACA